AUGGCGAAAGUAUGUCAGCUAGUGACGGUUUUCGACGCGAUGACUACGUUAAAACGAAAACGGUUGUCGCUUCAUGAAAAAUUUGACAUUUUAGAUUACCGAAAAAAUUAUAAAACGUGGGUUGAAAAUGGAAAUGAAGAACGAAAAUUAACGAAAUUAAGGAAAUGUGAAGGCAGUGUGAUUGAUAAAGAACUCUGGAUUAGCAAAACUCGGGAAAAAAAUUUGCCAAUUUCCGGACCAACAAUACAAGAAAAGGCUAAACAACUUGCUGAAGUUCAUGGAUUAAAUGACUUUAAAGCUUCAAACGGGUGGCUUGAAAAAUGUCGAAGAAGGCAUAACAUUUCGUUUAAAUCUAUCUGUGGGGAAGCUUAA